GACAUCACGUUCGGCCAGGUGCUCGGCACGGGGUCGACGGGCUCGACGCAUCUGGCGCUGUGGCGCGGCGAGCACGUGGCCAUCAAGCUCGUGCUCGCGCGCCAGCUGCCCACGGGCCAGCCGACGCAGGCCGCGCAGCAGCUCCUCCGCGAGAUCUCGACCUUGGCGACGUUCAGCCACCCGAACUGCGUCCGCAUCCUCGGCAUCGCGCGCGCGCCGCCCGUGUCCUGCGGCAUUCUGCUGGAAUUCCUGCCCGGCGGGUCCGUGGCGCAGAGGCUGCGGUCCACGGCCAAGGGCGACGCGCCGCCGCCGCCGCACGGCGCGCGCGUCGGGAUCAUGCUCGACGUCGGCCGCGGCAUGGCCUACAUCCACUCCAUGGGGCACCUGCACCGGGACCUCAAGCCCGACAACAUCCUGUUGGACGCCGACGGCGUGGCGAAGAUCUCCGACUUUGGCCUGUCGUGCCUCCACACGUCCAAGUCGCUGAACGACGAGCACACGGGCGGCACGGGCACGCUGCGCUGGAUGGCGCCGGAGGUCGCGCAGCACCGGCCCUACGCCUACCCGGCGGACGUCUACUCCUACGCCGUCUGCGCCUGGCAGAUCGCGCUCUGGCAGGCCAGGCCCUUCACGGACAAGACGCCCGCCGAGGCCAUCGCCGAGACGCUCUCCGGCGGCCGGCCGUCGCUCCUGUCCCUCGAGCGCGUGGACCCGGCGCUGGCCCAGCUCAUCGACAAGUGCUGGUGCCACGACCCGGAGGACCGGUGCACCUUCGGCGUCGUCAACGCGGCCCUCGAGGACAUC